AUGAGGCCGGAGUGGGGGGACAGUGAGAUGCCGAGGGCCCGGGGGGACGAGAUGGGGGAGUUUUUGGGGGUCAGGGGGGGCUGGCUCCUCCCCCUCCUCUCCCCACUGCCUGUUUCGCCGAUGAAGAGAGGGAAGAGGAGGGGGUGAUCCAAUGACAGGAAGAGGGAAAAGGGUGGUGAGGGGGUGGCCAAGAGGGUCAUGGGGGAGAAAGGCAGUGCGGGGGAAGAAUCUCCUGUGACCUCGUUGCCCCCCCCCUCAAACCACAGGGGGCGGAGGGCUCUGGAUUCCCUGCACUUUUCCCAACCGGUUUCGGUUUGGGGAGGUUGGAAGAGGAUGGUGGGGAGCCCAGGAUGCAGGGAACCCAGGAACCAAACACCAUUCCCGCAUCCUGGGUGGGGGAGAUGGAGGGGAGUGGGGGGGCAUCUGAGGGGGAGUCGGAGUCCCCACAGGAGGAGAUGGAGCAGGGGAGCAUCAGGUUAGCCUCCUGUUUUGUUUUUGUGUUUUGGGGUAAGACAUUUGUGAUGGGUGUAAUGUAUUAUGGCAGGGGCUAUUUUUGUUACUGUAAAUGUGAGGGGAAUAAGGGAGGAUGUUAAGAGAAGGGCGGUUUUCGGGUAUUUAGAGGAGGUGGGUUUUGAUGUUUGUUUUAUACAGGAGGUUAACCUAAGGGAUAGUGGGGAUGUUUUAAGGUUUAAGAGGGAGUGGGACAAGGGUGAGUCAGUUUGGGGCAUGGGGGGGUUCAUUCAUCGGGGGUGGAAAUAGGGAGGUGAAGGUGGAGGGCACAUUUGUGGUUAUGCAGGGUAGAGUACUGGGAGCGGAUGUCACGAUAAGAGAGAGCAGGUACAGAGUUAUUGUGGUGUAUGGGCCACAGUUGGCGGUGGGGGCAGGAGGGAGAUGGUGGACUGCUUGGCGCCGCUGUGUGCUACAAAUAGACACUUGGUGAUAGGGGAGGAUAUCAAUAUAGAUAUAGGGAGGGGGAGAGAUAGUAGUGCAGGAGCCAUUGCCAGACUAAUGGCAUGCCAUGGUCUGGUGGAUGGGGGCCUGCACACUGUUCCGACGAUGGCAUGGCCAACAUGGCGCAACUCUAGGGGGGGGUCGAGCGGAGGCUCAACUAUAUUUUCUUAUCUAGGUCUCUGGGUCAGUUUUCUGGGCGCUUUUUGCCUGUGUUCUUUUCGGACGACGACGGGGUGCUUCUGCAGUUGGGGGCACCAGUCUGCCUCUUCGGUAGGGGGUACUGGAAGUUAGAACGGGAGGUGCUGGAUGGGCAGGCUUUCGUCAAUGCUUUUGUUGAUUUUUUUAGGGGGCUUGAGGGCCUCCGGUCUAUGUGUGAGGGGGUGUUAGAGUGGUGGGAAAUAGUAAAGGUGAGGAUGAGGGGUUUUAUAAUAGGACAGUGGAAGAAGAAAAAGAGGGAGGAAAGGAGGGAGGUGGAUCAUAUCCAGAGGCUGCUAGAACUCGAGCUUGAGGCAGGCAACCUCGGCGGGUCGGUAGACUGGGAGAGAUCCACUGCCCUAAAGGCGCAGCUAAGGGAGGUGCAUGAGCGGAAGGCUCACGCUUUCCUGAUGCGUGCGCAUAGUGGUUUUAUAGAACACAACGAAACAUGUUCGGCCGUGUUCUUUAAAUCAGUAAGGGGAAGACAGAGUAGGAAGGUAAUGUAAGGGGGGUAGGGAAGAAAGCGGUAGAGUAGUGAGAGAGACGGAGGAAAUGGUCAGGGUGACCACUGACCAUUUUCAGGUUUUCUUUCAGGAAAGGGCAGUAGAUGUAGAGCAGGGAAACAUGUUUUUAGAACACCUGUCCCUGCAAUUGCCGUAGGAUAUUAGAGAAGUGAUAGAGGAUCAGAACUCCCUCGAAGAGGUUGAGAGAGCCCUCAGGAGGAUGGGAAAAGAGAAGGUGCCCGGGAUGGAUGGGCUGCCGGCUUAGUUUUACCUCAAGUUUUGGGGGAUACUUGGACCGGUAGUUCUCAAAGUCUUGAAGGCCAUCUUCGAGACGGGGGUCCCGGGGGGAUCGAUGGCCGUAGGUGUGCUGUCACUUCUUUACAAGAAGGGGGAUGCCACAGACCUUGGCAAUAGGCGGCCAUUGACCAUGCUGUGCGUAGACUACAAGCUGCUUGCGAAGGUCCUAGCAGACCGGUUGCGCACAGCCCUUCCCUACGUUGUCCACGAGGUUCAGACGUGUGGGGUAGAGGGCUGCUCUAUUAGGUGGAACCUGCAGUUGAUUAGGGACUCCAUCGCUUGGGUAGGGGAUAGAGGGCUGCCUUUAAUGGUAGCAGCGCUUGAUCAGGCAAAAGUCUUUGAUCGCGUGAAUAGAUAUUUUAUUUUCAGGGUGUUAGGUAGUUUAGGAUUUGGGAAGAAGUUUAUAGGGUGGAUCCAUACUUUAUAUGUUGGAGCGGGGUGCCGGGUUAGCGUAAACGGUCACAUGGGUGACUUUUUUGACCUCUCGUCUGGAAUAAGGCAGGGGUGCCCGCUCUCGGCCCUCCUCUUGGUUCUGUACAUAGAGCCUCUGGGGGCUGCCAUUAGGGCGGACACAGGGGUGGAGGGCUUGUUGAUCCCUGAAAGUGGUGGGCUGUAUGUUAAGUUGAUGCAGUAUGCCGACGACACUUCCUUGCUGCUUUGCAAGUGCCUGACCACGUCCCUUGUCAUUAUUGGAGAUUUCACCCGAGUGCCAGGAGCGGGUCUUAACCACGCAAAGUCUGCCGUUAAGUUCUUCAGAAGAUGGUGUGGUAGGAUGGAUGUGCCCGGGGGGUUCUCUCUCUGUAACGGGGCCCUGAAAAUUCUCGGGGUCCAUUUUGAGACCUCCGGCAUCGCAGUGGUACAGAAGAAGCUGUGGCCUCUCGCUCUGGUUAAGGGCGGGCGGGGGAAAGGAGGCCAACCUCCCCAACCCCGCCUAGCCACUAGCCUCUGCGUAAAACAAGAGACUGUUUACUGGCUCCAGGAAUCUAACACG